GUCCUUUUCAGCCCCAGCUAUUGCUGACACGUGAGGGAGCCUCUCUUUGCAGCUGCAACCGGCUGACUGUCAAUGUCAUACAUGCGGUCUACUGUCUGGCUGCAUCCCCUCAUUCAUUUCAUCAUUUCUCUCUCUCAUCAUCUUUUCAACAUCUCUUCAUCCUCCUGUAAUCCUCCUCUCACCUUUCUCUCAAUUUUUUAUUGUUUAGGCACAGUUGUGGUGUCACAAGGAAGUUUGUCCUACCAACUAAGCGACUGUCUGUGCGCCCAAUUAAUCAUUUAUUUGCACCCCCUCCGUUGGCCAUGAUCGUCGACCACUUGGUUACUAGGGCUGGCAUCCGCUCCCUGGGGUUUAUGAUCGCCGGAAUCGUCCCCUUAGCUUCCUCCUACUUUUGCUACAUGCUCGCCUAUAGGGAGUCGCCCCUUGAUUCACUCCUCACCCACAUCCCUCUCAUCAUCCAGCUCUUCCACACUGAUGCCUCCAUUCUCGGCGACCCAUCCCUUUAUGGAUCGGUAUUGCAUAGCCAUCCUCUUCACGACCAUCCUUAUCCAGUGGAAUCCCCCGCCUCGGCGCUCUCCUCCGCCAUUGCCUCCUCUUCACCUUCAGCCUCGGCCACUGCUAUCGGUUCCACCGCAGGACCCAUCAUCCCAGAGUCCUGCAUGGUCUCGUCUCCAAUUGUACGCGCGUUCAUCGUAUUUCUCAGCUUUCUGGACAAUCGUGGAUACAGAGAUCCCCGCAACCUUCCUGGAUACCAAUACUUACUCGCGCUACAACCCAUCAAGGAGCACCUGGACCCCUUAUUGCACUUUAUGUCUUCCCAUCAGACUAUGGCCUGGAUCUUAACAUUGCUGCAUCUCUGGAUGGCAGCAGAACUAGUCUUCUACAUCAUGUUCUGGAAGAAACUUGCACGUCUCCAGUCUGUCGAUCGCGUCGUCAAGGGCGUCGGCCCAAAGGAAAAGAGAGAAGAGCUUUUCCAGAGGUGUCUCGAAACCGUGGAAGAAGGGGAUGGUGUCAAGAGGUGGAUCGAAGUCUGGUUCGACACAGGACGUACCAAGCGACGAGCACACUUCGAGGAGAUCGGACGAUUGAACAUGAUUCAUUGGUAAGCAGACAAUGGUUUCAUUUUGGGCUUGAAUGCAGCGGCCGGGAGUAUAUACCAAAAGCCUUGAAAGGGAACUCACUUCGACCAUGAGUUCCUAUUCCUUAUUCUCACUCACGCGCCUGUCCUUACUUCUUGCUGGCAUUACAUUACAGGUUAGCGUGGGCGUUUUGGGCUGCGCCGAUCGAGGAGGUCUCCAAAUCACCCUUGAAUCUACAGGAGCUGAAUCAGAUGGUCAGUACAAUCGAGGAGGUCAAGAAGGUCAAGUUUGCAGAGGGAUUCAACCCGGAUGUCGACUGCAUCCGACUUUCUUUAGAUCCUGUCCUGGCCACGCAUCGCCCACUCGUCUAUUAUGUGGU